AUGUCCUCAGAAAGACUCAUACAUACGCCAAAGUUGGUUUUAUCGGGUUCAAUUACGAAACAUGGGAUUGAAAUUCUCGACCAGCUAGAAUCCUCGAAAGCUUCGGCUCAGUCUUCACUAUUAUCUUUCUGCUUACCGUUCAAUCCGUACAGAACAUCGCUAAACAAGAACUUUCUUCCAUUUGAUGAAAUAAUCUGGUGCCAAUUGUCGUCUACAGCGGACUCUCUUGGCGGCCAGCCCAUAAUGGACGUAACAUAUGUGGAUCCUAAGGCACUGCCUGUGAGACCGAACCAGGUCAGCAUCCAAAUCAAGAAUUCUAAAGAUUCCAUCAGCCAGCUUCUGAAUAACGACUCCCAGGAGACAGAUUUAAGCCAAUUGAUUCUUUCUAAGGCUUACAAGGCACACAAGGUGUCCCCGUCCAUCCUUGUAGUAAUAAAUCCUCACGGGGGUCAAGGGAAGGCCAUUGAGAUAUACGAGAACCAAAUUCUCCCGAUUUUAAGAGCUGCUAACGUAACUGUCCAGUAUAUGGAAACGAAAUAUCACGAACAUGCAGUUGACAUAGCGAGAGAGCUAGACGUCUCGCGAUAUGAUAUCAUUGCUUGUUGUUCAGGGGAUGGGAUUCCUCAUCAGAUUAUCAACGGGUUUUAUGAACGUCCAGAUAGAGGAUUGAGCGCAUUUGACAACAUUGCUGUGACCCAACUUCCUUGUGGAUCUGGGAAUGCAUUGACUUUGAGUACAUACGGUAGCAAUGAUGCAGCCCUUUCGACGUUUUUGAUGUUGAAGGCAGAGCCAACAAAACUCGAUCUUAUGGCUGUUUCUCAAGGAUCAAGGCCGACUAAAUUGUCCUUUUUAUCACAAUGUUUCGGUAUUAUUGCAGACUCAGAUAUAGGUACUGAACACUUGAGGUGGAUGGGAUCGAUUAGGUUUGAGUUGGGAGUGGUGAAAAAGGUAUUGUCACGGGCAACUUAUCCUUGUGAUAUCUACGUGGACUACAUUGCAGAAAACAAGAAUGACUUGGAAGAUCAUUUCAAUAAACACAAUGCUAAAGAUGCACUUACCACAGAAUCCAUUUCGUCAAGUAGCAAGAAGGGUCUUUUCAAAAGUAUCGUUCCUAGCGAUCUUGAGUUGAGGGGAGCCCCAUUAAAUGAGGAGCCACCUAUAAAUUGGGUUAAGCUCCCGAAUCUGGUCACGAAAAACUUGAGUAUCUUCUACGUUGGGAAGAUGCCCUAUAUAUCCAGCGAUACACAGUUUUUCCCUGCUGCAUUACCGAACGAUGCAUCUAUGGACAUGGUUGUCACUGAUAUCAAUACUUCUAUAAUGGAAACCACCAAAAUAUUGUUAUCGAUUGAUAAAGGAUUACAUGUUCAUAGUGACAAGGUUCUACACGCAAAAAUUAGAAAUUAUAGACUUGUACCUAGAUUGAAAAGUACAAAAGAUCACUACAUUUCUAUAGAUGGAGAAAGCUUCCCAUUUGAGCCUUUACAAGUUGAAAUCCUUCCCGGUAUACUCACUGCUUUACUUCCUAAUGGUUCAUUUGUCGAAACAUCCUUUGCAAAAUAA